UUGAAUAAAUUUUAUUAUAAUAAAAGAGUCAUGUGUGGAAAUGAAACCAGUGAAACUAUUUACAUAUGGAAAGUGGGCGACGUCGCCAUAGCUUGGUUAUCCAAGAAAACUUACGCAAAAGUCACAGUAGUGAAGGACAAUCGUGGUCGAUUUCAUGGUGAUAAAAUUUUAGGCGUAACAGUGCAAAAGGAUGCCUCUGAUAAAGUUAAGUGGAAGAAAGAGUUGUGCUAUCAUGUUGAAACAUUCUGCACAAAACAGCGACUUUGGAUACCCUGGACUGCCCUGCGUCUCGCAGAGAGGUGCAGACCAUUCUACGGACCUAGCAGAGUGAUCAAACCGAAGGGUGUUGUUACUAAAACUAGCCCUGGGGCUGUGAAGAAGAUCACAAAGGUAGAUCCCCUGCUGCCCUUCAACGUGAAGCCAGACCACUACAAAACGCCAGACUUCAACGCCAAAUAUGACCACUCCCACCAACCGCUCAAGCAGGGCAAACAUGAGAACUCUUUUAGGGAGUUUGUGCGGAGGGGAAAGGAAAUGUUCUUCGAUACAUACUAUAAGGUGCUGAUGAAGGAGCAAACUAUUGAGAGUCGCGACACACUUGACUAUCUCCUGCAAGUGGACGCCAGCACGGAGGAUAAGUUCGACCUGGUCAUCAAGAAUAUAAUGACGGAGCGCGAGAUAGAAGAUUAUCUGCACCAAUGCUGGAGGUACAACUACGUGCAUAAACGACUGCCGGCGAACGCUGAAAAUGAGACAGGAGAGAAUACACCAGUUCGAAAAGUGGCUCCAAUAUCUUGGUGCCUCGUGUGUGGGAGCAACGAGGGAAAGCGCCGCGAGUGCCCGCGCUGCCCCGCCGCGUACCAUGUCGCCUGUCGGAAGGAAUGGCUUGUCAAAAUCAUACAUCGAAAGAACCCUCCCAAGAAGCAACCACAAAAUGAGGCACUUACCAUCUCCAAGGUGUUGUCCAGUACUCGGACCCUGACCUCCAGCACCGUGGUCCCAGCACAGCUGCGAGAUGAGCUGCCCUGCCCUAGCUGCAUGUGGGGACCCAAGCCGGGGUACGACGACGUGGUGUGGCACAAGCUGGGCGCGUGCGCGUGGUGGCCGGCGCGCGUGCUGGCGCCCGGCGACGCGCCCGCCUGCCUGCUGGCCCGGCCGCACCAGCCCAGCCACUACCCGCUGCGGUACUACGGUACGCUGAACCACUCCUGGGCUCGCAGCAGUCAGAUGGUGUUGUUCCUGCCCUCGCACGCCUCUCGGACCGGCGACUCCAUAUUAACACAGGCCAUCAUGGACGCCGCCGACGACUAUAUCGCUGUCUACCUAACUUAGUGGUCAUUAAGGGUGGUAUUCC